AUGAAUCAAUUGCAAUCACAACCACAACAGCAAUCAUUGGUCAAUCAGGAAUCUCAUUUAACUUCUUUUUUCUCCAAUCCCGAUUUUUAUAAGCUCAUCACCCCAGAACUAAAAGAAACUUUACCAUAUGCAUCCGUGAUUGGGAAAACUAAGAUUCCUAACAGUUCGUCUACUAUUGUUUCCAGUGAUAUUUUAUCAUUUGUUCCUUUAUUGGAAUCAAAUGAUAUUAAAGCAAGUGUUUUUAAUGGAAGCAAUAAUAAAAUUAUAGCAAGUAAAUUAGCUAACGCUAAAAUUGACGAUGUUAUUCAACGCACUUUCAUUAAUUCUGAAGAUUCAAAAGCUUUAAUUAUUAAAAAAUUGUUUCUUUAUCAAACUCAAAACCUAAAGAAAUUGAAUAUCAAAAUGGAAAACUUUCCAAUUCUCAUGAUAAAGAAGGGAAUGAUACUAAUGCUCAAAAUCUUGAGAAUGGUAUCACUGAGAAAGCUCCAAACUUUAAAUCAAGUACUGAUAAAGAAAAUUUAA